ACUUCCGUUCUGAGGUCACGCAGGCACUAGCCGGCUUCUCUCGCAUGCGCCAGGAACUCUAUGGUGCUGUUGCCAUGACUCCAUUCAGCUCCGUGGGAGAAAACCUGACGUCACACAACUUCCGGUUUCUGAAGUCCAAGGCGAAUCUGUGAGAUCACUGGGGACUUGUUGUCAGGUUUCUGGUCUGCGAAGAAAGUGGUGUCUGCGGGGUCAGAUGUUGGCUGAGGGACGAGACUGCAGGUUUUUGAACAUGGGUUGCACCUGGGGUGUAACUCCUAAAAAAAAUCCUUGGUGCCAGCAGAAGAUUUAACACUGCAUCCAUGCCGCAGUAUGGAAAGGGUCUAUCUUGGGUUGGAGCUGUGUUCCAAAGCCUGGUUAAACCUGGGAUUUUGGUGUGAAAGGCAGUCUAAUGUCCAGAGCAUGGGAUUUGUGCCUUUUCGGUGACCAAGUUGAUCAGUUGUACUUCUUGGGAGAUUUUGAGAUGUGAAGAAAUCGGGAACAUUAUUUUUAAACAUUUCAAGUGCAAUUGAAUAGGUCCAUUUAAAGAACGUACAGGCACAUCCUUUUUAUUGAUUUCUGCAAACACGAUGCCACAUGGACGACUGAGUGUUUCCCAUGAUGGGCUGUGGGACAAGCAAAGUUCUCCCAGAGCCUCCAAAGAAUAUCCAAUUGGACCUGGUAAAAAAAGUGGAACCUUAUCUAACCUCAAAAAACGACCAGUAUAAGCACUUUAUUACAGACCAUGGACGAACAGACACAAAAGGGUCUUCCCCAACUCCCCCUUACUCUAAUGGCUACCCACACGGUCACACAGAAACUGCAGAUCCUCGCAGACAUAAAGUAGCUAAGUACAGAGCUAAAUUUGAUCCGAGAGUGACUGCAAAAUAUGACAUUAAGGCUCUUAUUGGUAGAGGAAGCUUCAGCCGUGUUGUAAGAGUGGAGCACAAAGCCUCCAAGCAACCAUAUGCCAUUAAAAUGAUUGAAACUAAAUACAGAGAGGGAAGGGAGGUGUGCGAGUCAGAACUUAGUGUUCUUAGGCGAGUUCGACAUACCAAUAUCAUCCAGCUGAUUGAAGUAUUUGAAACACAGGAAAGGGUGUAUAUGGUGAUGGAGUUAGCAACAGGUGGAGAACUUUUUGACCGAAUAAUCGCUAAGGGCUCCUUCACGGAGAGAGAUGCCACUCAUGUGUUACAGAUGGUUUUGGAGGGGGUAAAGUAUUUGCACACUCUUGGGAUCACACACAGAGACUUAAAGCCUGAGAAUCUCCUUUAUUACCACCCCGGAACAGACUCAAAAAUUAUGAUUACAGACUUUGGGCUUGCAAGUGCUAGAAAAAAAGGGGACGACUGUUUGAUGAAGACCACCUGUGGAACUCCGGAGUAUAUUGCACCUGAAAUUCUCGUAAGGAAGCCUUAUACCAACUCUGUAGACAUGUGGGCACUAGGAGUCAUAUCUUACAUUCUUCUGAGUGGGACUAUGCCGUUUGAAGAUGAUAACAGAACACGGCUGUACCGACAAAUUUUAAAGGGAAAAUAUAGCUACUCUGGGGAGCCUUGGCCAAGUGUUUCCAACCUUGCAAAGGACUUCAUUGACCGUCUGCUCAUGGUGGAGCCAUCGGACAGGAUGACUGCAACACAGGCCCUUAAGCACCCCUGGGUAGUAAGCAUGGCUGCAUCUUCAUCUAUGAAAAAUUUACAUAGAUCUAUUUCCCAGAACUUAUUGAAGAGAGCUUCCUCCCGCUGCCAGAGCACAAAGUCUGCGCAGUCUGUACGCUCAAGUCGCUCCACAAAGUCCACUAAGCUACGGCGAGUGAGAGAGCGGGAACUUCGUGAACUCAAUUUGCGCUACCAGCAGCACUACUAUGGAUGAGGACAUUGCACAAGACUUUUUAGAAACAUUUAAUGAUCAGUGCCUUAUCUCUUUGCAACGGUAUAGAUUGAACAUGCUUUAUUUUGUUGUCGCUCACAUUUACUUCCAUGUGUGAAAUGAAUGCUGGGUUUUCUACGUGUCUUACACUAAUGAAAAUGUAUGGGAGUAGCUAGGUUAGCUAUGGACCAAAUCUUCUUAAAUACAAAUCGUUACAUUUGUAAAUGUUCGAUCAAGGGCUAUCAAAAUAAUACAAGUCACAAGCAAGCCAGUCCUAUUCAGCAGUUUGGGCAUUUUCAGAAACGGGCAGGGUGUCUGUUAUGAGAGAUGGAAAUCAUCUUGAACACUUCAGCUUUGUAGCAAUUUGGACCUUUUCCUUUCUGUGAUGUGUCAUAUAGAGAAUGAUUUUAAAACUUAAAAUAUUAAGUGCCCUUGUUAGAAUAAAAGCUUUGUAAACUUAAGGAAUUAUCCAAGCUCGUCCAGCCGAGCAUGAGUGGAGAAAUAUUUCAGUGUGGAAUAAAUUUUAGGAACGGACAUUUAUUAAAAUGAUUAAUUUAGGGGUGCUGGCUAGUUUACCUAACCAAAAAGCAUUUUUUACAGACUAUGCAAACAAAGUCACAUAUUACAUAUAUGUGGAAUACAGUGUUAUGUGCUUUAAGGGGUAUAUUCAAUCAGGGUCGAAAGCUGCCGUCUGUCGAAAAGAUGUCAGUUUUUGACUUUUUAAGGUCGAAUCAUGAUUCGACCUAUUCAAUCCCAGCUCGGGAAUUUGACUUGUCGAAUAGUACGUGAAUCGGGGCCAAAUUCGACAGGAUUUGGCCCCGUUUCCGACCAUCUCGGUCCGACGUAAAAAAAUGGAGGGAGAGCAGUGCUGGAGGAUGUCACAGCCGCCGCUCACAGCAGCGUCCACCCGGCUCCAGCAAGCGAGACCUCCCCCCCGGAUGGAGUGCAGUGCUGCUCUCCCCCGUCUGCCCGUGGCUCUAAGCUCCUGCAUCUCAAUUCGACUUUUUUAAAGACGAAUUGAUAAUACAUUGAAUAGCCCCGGUCGGAUCCAUUCCGACAAAUGAAUGUUGGAAUGGAUCCGACUUCAAUUGAAUAUACCUCUAAGAGUUUUUCUUUAUGUGAUAGUGCCAUACGCUGAAUACAUGUAUAUUUUCUUUAGCAGAUGACUUGUAUCAAAACAUUUUUGUUUAUUUGGACCAGGAUCAAUAUUGUUAAAAAAAAAAAUUUUUUUGCAAAUGAGACUAGUAUCUCCCAAGCAAUGAUGUGGGAAGUUUCACAGUGCAUACUGUACCUGCCUAGAACUGUGGCAAGAGAACAACAAGCACACUUGAUAGGAUCACACGUAUUGCAGUGUGCUUUCAUGACCAGGUACAAUUCAAGGCAGCUAAAGUCUCUCUCACAUUAUAUAUACCUAUUUUUAUUUCCAUGCAUACCUGCCUUCAGCUGCAGCUGCAGAAUAGUAAGCACAAAAAUAAUUAUAGGGCUUUAUUGUAAUGGUCUGUAGUGCACUAGCUGCACAUGCUAGGGGCUUGCUCCAGUUCAGUACAAUCUGCUGCUGCUGCAUAGAUUUCCGUCCAUUACAGUACAGAACACUUGCUUGUGUCUCUAUAGGGUCUUAGCUAAAGCUACUGUAGCAAGAUUUUCUUUUUUGGAUAUCCUGCAGUUGUGUUAAAGCAUGAUCUUCCAACGGAACCUCACAGAUAAUUGAUUUGCUCCCUAGAUGUUUUGGAUGAUGCAGAACCCGCAUAAUAGGCACAAAAAAAGUAAUAAUAAUAAAUAUAAGCACUUAAAAAUUCACUAAAAUGGUUUUAAAAGUUCUAGUAAUAAAGUAUAUGCAGUUCACUAGAUGUAGUGACAAAGACUACAGUUGAUUAACAAUCCCAGUAGGUACACUCCACUUCCCCAUGACUGCUCCGGACCGGUCUCUUAAGUGCAAGAAAAUGCAAGUGUUUUGUAUGUGACACGCACAAUUAUGACGUGCAGAUGAACUCCAAUCCACCUCUAUAUUGUUCCCAUUGUCUCCAUGUAUGAAAACAAAAAGGGAUUUGUUCAUUUUGCUAAACAAAAAUAUCUCGCACCAAAUACAAAUAAAAAUGUGGAAGUUCAUGUUCUAUUAAACUGUAUGACUCAAGGUAAAAUGUGAAAGUAGGAAACUGAGGCUGGGUACACAUUAGAAUGAUAUAUACCCAGCCAUUCCGAUGGGCAACGUGACCUUGCAUUGUGCAGUGCGUAUACACUUAAGCAAUGCAGGGGACGACUGUGCACUUGUAGGAUGCAGCAUGGCAUCGUACACAAUAUCUUCUGCUUGGCCUGCAGCGCGGUUGAAAGGAAGAUAUGGCAUGCGACUUACAGGAGUGUGUAGUCGGACAUGCCCAAUUUGUCGUUCCGAUUUGGCCAGAAAUUACAUAUUGGGCCAAUACCGUUUAAGUGUGUACCCACCCUUAAAAUGAAUUCCUUUUUAUUGUUUUUAUUUAACUUUUUUACUUUUAAUUAUUGUUAUUUGCAAAUGGCAACAAAUCCGAGUAAUAUGAAGCAUGAUCUGAAAUAUUUUCUGUUUUAAAAGUAUACUGUAUUUAACAUGCAUUAGAAAACACAAUUUCUAUUUAUUCAUUUUCACAGCAUUCCAAUUGUUUAUUAUUUAUGGAGUGCCAAUUUCCAUUGCUAUUUUAGAAGCACCUAAAAAAAUUAAGUUUCCGUAAAAUCCAGUUGGGUAAAACAUGACAGGAAUACAGUAUGAAAUCACUAGGCAAUGUGCUGUAUAUUUGUUAAUGGAUAAUAAUGGGUGCAAUAUUUUGGGUCUAGGAAAUAUUGGGGCAGAUGUAUUAAGUCUGGAGAAGUGAUAAAAAAGUGAUUAGUGGAAGGUGAUAACGCAUCAGCAAUCUGCUCCUAACUCCUUUUUCAAACCUGUAAUGAUUGGCUGGUGCAUUAUCACCUUCCACGUAUCAAUGCUGUAUCACAUCUCCAUGCUUAAUACAUCUGCCCCAUUUUUCUGUUGACUUUUAAGUAAUUGCAGAAACAUUCCAGCUUGAUUAUUUUCUAUCUAGUGCAUUAGACUACUAAUUAUAACCUGACUGACUUGCUUUGUAAACUACAACUGGCAAGUUGUGGUUGUUUGAAACCAAGCUGUGCAUUUAUACAAUUAAACUUCAGUAAUGGUU